AUGAGUAACGAUAUAGAACCGGAUACAGUGAUCGAAAUUAUCAAGAAGACAGGACACACCUUAAAGAGAUUAAUAUUAGAUGUUAUCACUUUGGAAACUAUGGUAGCAGCAUCACAAUAUAUUCAAGACAUUACUUACCUUGGAGUUUCGGUCAAAUUUGAAAUUCCUUCGUUAUUCUUUCUUUGGAUCAAAAAAUUGAAACUUGUACAUUUAGUCUUUUUUGAGAGUUCAAUAAGUUGCACUAAAACUUUUAUGCAUGCUUUAAGAAUGAACCUACCACCAACAGUUACAGAAUUAAUCAUAGAUUUUUUUAAUCCUACUGCAAUCGAAUUAUCGAAUUUUAUGCAAAGUUGUGUAGCACCAUUAAGAUCUCUGGUCUUGCGGUUUAAUAGCAAGCAUAUUGACCUUUACCUUAAAGUACUUGCUGUAACUGUUCUCACGAUGAAAACCCUGAAGACCUUGUCUUUUACAAAUUCUCCACAUAAUCUCAUAUGGAGGGAUACGCAAAAACAGUAUAUCAAUGCUAUUAAAGAAAACGGGGUUGAAAUUUUGACGAAAAGAGAUAAAGUUUACAUACGUGACGUUUG